AUGGCUUCCCUGAGUUUUCUCCGACGGAAUGGUGGUUUUGGACUACAGGUAAGACAUCCAGUGGCAUAGAAUAAACUAAAUAAAUCAGACUUAACUCAGGGUGGGUAGUUAUCGAUGAAAUGACCCGCGAUCGUCAGAUAAGUAGAGAAAUCUCUUUACGAAAUCAAUCGAUUACGUAAGUUAACUACGAAAGUCGUUAUGAAUGGUUCAGUUUCAAAGACUUUGGUAAGAUCGUCGGAGUAGAAGCCCAAAUUUCUGAGGAAACAAUUUAACAGUUACCUUCAUUUGAUUUGAUUUUCCCAAAACGCUGUGACGAAAUGCCUGUCAGUCAGAAAUUUUCACAUGACUUCCACCAAAAGGUUCUCUCAAACUUCCUAAGAAAAUCAGAUGUUUGUUUAGAAAUGUCAAGAGAUUCCAAAAAUCAAUUUGGCUUUUAAGUGGACAAAUUCUCCGAGCUUUAGCCUACUUCAAACAAGGAAUGAACAGCCAACCAAGUCCUCUUGGCUUGAUGGGUUACCAUAUUUCUUGGUUAAGUUUAGGGCUGACAUGCAUUUAGUUCAAGGGCUCAGCUGUCUGCAUUUUUGAGAUAGAAGUCAUAAUUUUUGUUUCAAUGUUCCAUGGCUUUUUAUCUUUCAGAGGGGAAUUAUUUCUUCUGGAGUCACUGCUCUGGUAAGAAUUUUGGCUUUCGACUUUACAUUAAAUUUUUUUUUAGAGCAAAUAUUCUUGCCUGAGAUGGAAGCGGACAUGUCGUGAAGAGGAUUAAAGUCGAUAACAAACCAGUCCACUGCAUGAUCACUUUUCAUGACUGUGGGUUGGAACCUUGAAGCGAGUUGAUUAAAGUAAGGCUAACCUAAGCUAUAUCUUAGACAUACAAUGAACACAGCUGUUUAUGGGUUUAAUAAAGUUCAUGUAAAUUUAUUCGAAUCUAUUUUUCUAGUUUUAACAGUAAGACUGAUUUUGAUAUCCUUGGGGAAUUUAAAGAUGCUUUAGAAAACAGCUUUGCUAAACUAGGACCAGGGCCAAAUUUGUUGCAAUCUUUGGUCCUUAAAGCUUAUUGGAGUUGGACUUCAACUUAAUGAUGUCCUGAUUUUUUUUUUUUUUUUUUUUGAAAGAGAGCAAAGCUUAGUACAGAGGCACCAGCCAUCAAGUUGGAGGCAUCAACAUUCAAUUCUGGCCUUUCAUUUGGUGAGUUAUUAUUGUUUUGUUUUGAACAUUUUGUACUGGAUAAACACAGUACUAACAGAAAAUAAUUGUGAUGCAUAUAUGUCUUCAAUAUGGUUGUUGAACUCUGUAUAUAGAUGUGCUCACAGGUUAGGUCUGUCGGUAGAGGGACAAUUAGUGAAAAAUUAUCAGAAAAAUAAUACGCAAUGAUUUACAAGUAAUUAAUGAAAUAUCAUAAAAUUGAAAAAUUGCAUCCCAAAUUGUUGUUAAUGAGAUUUAUAUAGCAGAGUAGAAAGGAGGCAAAAGUUUUCUUGAACUCUCACAGAGCAUAUAGAGGUAAAAACAGUACAUUGACAGAUUAUUGUCACCCUGAUUUGAAAACUGCUCCAAUUAUGAUAAUAGUGAAGUUUAAUCUGUGAAGAGACACAUAAUAUUAAUGUUUUUCCCCUCUUAUUUUACCAUACUAUUUUAUGAAAAAAGUUUGCAAACUCAUCUCAAAGUCAUUAACACAUCCAUCAUUCUUUUUCCAUUAGAACUUUCUGAAGAGUUACAGCAACUUCAAGAAAUGGCAAGAAAGUUCUCCCGUGAGGAAAUCGUACCAGUUGCUGCCCAUCAUGAUCAGACUGGUGAGGUAAGAUACCUUGAAACACAUACAACUGUACAUGUAUCUGGAUGGUACAGUUUGUAAGGAUGUUCACGAAAGCUGAAUACAUGUACUUGUCAUACGUCAAUAGUACAUUGAUAUAUUACACUCCAUAUAGAAAUACGCUUAAGCUGAAUACAUAAACUAAAGCUAAAAUACACUAAAGCUGAAUACAUAUACUUGUUGUGCAUCAAUAGUACAAUCUAUUACACAUCAGAUCAAAAUUCCCCGCUAAUUGUUGCUUGAGCACAUUAGAUAUUGCAAAUAACAUGACUUUUAUGACUGCUGUACAUCUAUUAGGGAUGGUACAUGACAUUCAUUUUGUAUUCCUCAGUAUCCCUGGGAGAUUAUCAAGAAAGCUCAUGCUUUGGGACUCAUAAAUGGUCAUAUUCCAGAGGAGUAUGGUGAGUGCCUGUUGGAUUCAAACUUUAGUUUAUUGUGUUUUUUAAGCUGUACUUUUAACUUCUUAUCAUAGCUUUGCAAUAUCAUUGUGUGCAGGAAUUGUUGACUUACUUACAAUGCAUGUUUUAAUUCUUAUAAGGGGGUCCUGGACUUGGUGUUCUUGAUGGUUGCGUAGUUACAGAGGAGCUCUCAUAUGGAUGUACUGGAAUUCAAACUGCUAUUGAAGCAAACUCUUUGGCAGUAAGUGGUGGCUUUUUACUGAAAAAAUAAUCCUGACUUAAAUUAUUUUAUUUAAAGCAUUUUUAUUCAUACUUUUUCUAAAUGUAUAUUUUUCAUAUACCGUAAAAUUCUGAAAAUAAGCCCAGGGGCUUACAUUUUUCAAAGGACCUUUUGAGGGGCUUAUUUUUUUUUAUUCAGAGGGGCUUAUUAUAGGAGGGAAAUUUACAUUUCACAAUCAGCUAAGCUUAUAAUUGGAGGGAAAUUUGUGUCAAAAUUUUUGAAUGUGCAACUGGUAAUACUAGAGUUUUGGCUAAAAAAUUUGUAACAAUUUAAUCACACUGAAAAUGCCAAGUUAAAACACAAUGGCAAUAAACUUUAUUAGAAUGGAAAUUCAGUAAAAACAGUAACAUAGUUCAGGCUCAAAGUUCAUGAUAACUAUGAAAGCUCAUAUUGCUUGAGGAGUACCAGAGGGAGUUUGGGUUCAGGCUGGUGGGAUUAAACUUCCUUGCAAAUACUUUGUCUACAGACUGAAGGAAUUCAAAGCGCAAGUGAAGAGCGAACUGCAUAAAAGACAAUAAACUUCAACACUUGUUGACCACAUUGCUUUAGUGCAUAGAAUCAUUAUUUUAUGACUAUAAAGGGCUUCCUGAUAAUGGUGAUUAUGUGUAGUUUGCUUUGGUUUGUAUAAUUGUGGAUAAUUUCCAAAUCCAAGCCCAUGGGGGCUUAUAUUCAGAGGGGCUUAUUAUCGGAGGUAUUUUUGCAUUUCAGAUUAGAGGGGCUUCUAUACAGAGGGGCUUAUACAUGGAGGGGCUUAUUUUCGGAAUUUUACGGUAUUAGAAAAAAAUUAUUCUUGUCCUAACACAGGCGAGAAGUAACUUUUAUCUCAGAAACAUAAAGUGUCUGGUGCUUUGUUUGGAGUGAAAAUUUUUUCAAAUGAGUGCAUGAGAUAAAAUCAUGUUAUCAGGGAUUAUCCAAUUUUAUUGGUAAUCACAAGCACUUCAAUGUGAUGAUUUUUCCUUACUCUCUGCCAUCUCACACAGGAAAUGCCUGUCAUCCUAGCUGGAAAUAAAGAACAAAAAGCAAAAUACCUUGGUCGUAUGAUGGAAGAACCUCUGAUGGCUGUAUGUAUAUCAACUUUCACUUACAUGUAUUCAUAACUUUUAAAUAUGUUAAGUCCACAUGUAAAUUAAACUCACUGUGGAAUUAUAUGUAGUUUUGUUAUAUACCACACAAGUAAAUAGCACUGUUUGGUAAGUUUGGAAGUGGAUAGCAAGUACUACUCAGAUUUGAGCAGCUGAUUAGACAAAAUUGCAUGUCAAGAUUUAUAUUUCCAACCAUUUUUUAGUAUAGUGAAAGAAUAUGGUUUGGUAUCUGUGUGGUAUAUUGGAAACAACUUUCACCUCAGUGCCCAUGAAAGUGGUGGAUAUUUACUUUCUUCAUCACGGUCCAGUAAAUAUCCAUCAAUAUUCACCUCCACUUUGGUGAAUAACUGUUGAUGAUUAUGGUAAUGAUUUUAGCCAGCAAUGUAAGUUACUGGUGAUGUGUGUUGCCUCACACUCAUCAAUAAGCACCAAAUUAAGGUAACUGAACCACAAUUGGUGCUCGUGAUUAUAUAUUUACUCUUCUCUUUAGGCAUAUUGCGUGUCUGAGCCUGGUGCAGGAUCUGACGUGGCCGCAAUUGGGACCAAAGCCGUUAAGAAAGGAGAUGAAGUAAAUAAAUGCUUCUGCUCUUAGCAUUUAUAAUAUAUGUGGUUAUUUUUAUCUUAGAUUCAAUGUCUGGAACAUUCAACAUGUACAUCAACAGCAGUAUUCAGGAUACAAUGUAAAGGACUGCUUAAACAGUGUUGCUGUGUUACUUAUUGUAUACAUAUGAUUUAUGAUUCUCAUAUUCUGUUAUAACUUCUUCUUUUUAAAAUUUUUUUCCUUAGUAUGUAAUUAAUGGUCAGAAGAUGUGGAUUACCAAUGGAGGUGUUGCCAAUUGGUAAGAACUCAUUCUCCAUGGAGUAAUUCAACCCUACACCAGCUUUACAUUUCUUUAUCAAAUUCAUUAGAACCCUUGAUUAUUAUGGUGUAGCAGAUACAGCAAUGUAACAAACAAUACUUUGACAUCUUAGGUGGAUGAUGGUUUGAUAGAGCACUAUUAAGAACUUUGGGUUUUAAUGUGCCAGUAUUGUUUUCCUUAAUAAAAAUUUGUGAGAAAAUCAACAGAUGGUAAUUGAAAACAACUCCUUAACUCUCUCACACAACUUUGCUGAGGUUGUUGCCAAGUCAGUCAAUGCCAUUAGUAACAAUCCUCUUCAGGUCUCCUGUUGCAUGGGCCAUUACUAUACACGAGUCACAGUUACUCGCCUUCAAACACUUAGAAGUAAAAUUACACACAUUUGGUACAUAUAUUUUAAGAUACUUCAAUCUAUUCUGAUUGGCUAUGGAGGAAUUAUAAGGUGGUCCACACUCUUCAUGCUAUUUCAGGUAUUUUGUUCUGGCACGAACUGAUCCAAAUGCUGGAGCUGGUAAAGCAUUCACAGGCUUUAUUGUGGAGAGGGACUCUCCUGGAGUCAUUGUAGGAAGGAAGGUGAAUUGAAAGCUUUACUCCACAUCACUGGUGGAAGCUUCAAACUGAAGCUGUAACCACAGCAUUACUUGUGUAGAUCAUUUAGUAUGGACUGUCCACUCAGAUAGCUCAUUGUUAGUUCAUUAUUGUUAAGCUCAUGUACAACUGGUAAAGGAUGUGCAAUUUGAUGCACAACUUUGGCAAACAAUUUCCUUUUACCCAAAUGCUUGUAUCAGUAUUGCUGUACGAAAUAUAACCACAAGGAAAAUUACACAUUUAACUGUUCUAACAAAUAUGCUAGUAUAAUAUAAACAAUACUCUUAGCUUUCAAAGAGCCGACUGUAAAUGUAACUUGUUUUUGCAAGCUUUGUUGCACCCUGGAAGCUUUCUUAAUUUAACCAUCCUUAAUUCUUAAACAUUCCUUUUGGUGUGGCUGGCUUUCCUCAAUCAUGAAUGAAGGGUGUUAGUUUUUAAAGAAAGUGUGGAGGUGCGUCAGUGGGAGAGGUCAUUUAGGACUGGUCAUUUAGUGUUGACAACUGAGUUGAAAACGUAAUUUGGCCACCGUAAAGAGUUUAAAGGCUGACAGUUCGAGCGUUAGCCAUUCGUCAGAGCGUUAGUCAUGAUAGUCAUGAUCCUUGGUCACGUCCAAUACACUCCACUCUUUUAGUCCCUAUGAUUGUAGUAUGCGUCUUUGUAACAGUUCUUUUUGUCAUUACUUUCCUGUAGGAAUGGAACAUGGGUCAGAAAGCCUCUGAUACUCGUGGAAUCACAUUUGAAGAUGUUGUUGUUCCUAAGGAGGUGAGCCUUGUUUUUUGACGUUACAGAGCGCAUGCGGAUUCAAAACGAAAUUAUCCAGGGUUUUUGUUGGGAGCCGGGUCCCGGGUAGCAGCACCCGUCUACUUUGAACAGAGUACCCGGCUACUUAAAGUGCGAAAUUAAGGAAAGAAAAUUGUCAUGGAAAAAAUCAUCAACUUCAGCUAAAUAUUAACUCUUCCCUGUAAGUAAAACACUUUUUUGCACUUAUUUAUCAAUUACUUGCCAUCAGAUUGUGGAAAUAAAAUUUACUCUGACGAGUAAGGCGCUGCGCGAUCAUAGGGACCUUAAGCAAACCACGCGACGGCAACGAGGACAUGGAAAAACAAAAGAUAUAAUGGUCAGAACAAUAGCUCAGCUCAUGCGUUUGUACAUUUCUGAGCCGUCCUAUGCAAAACAACAACGUGAAAUCACCACAAUUUGCGUCGUCUGCGAACCGAAACCGCGACGGCAAAUUAUUUUAAUUUCUACUGGAACUCGACGCUUCUUUGAUACGUUAUGCUGAAGUUGAGGAGUGGCGCCGGACGAGACGGUAAACACAUGCAGCCAUUGUUGAAAUUCUAAUUAUAGGCAGAAAUUCGUUUUUUAGUCGAAGUCUUCCUUGGCGUUGCCGUCCUGACUGCUUAAGGUCCCUAAUAGCGUUCUUAGAACUGUCUCCUUCUAGAGUGCCUAAUUAGCUAUUAUACAACUCUUAAACGUGACGUCAUAAAAGCAAGUGCGUUCUGCAGAGUAAUCAUGGCAAACAAAAGUAAAACUCACGCAAGCACUCGUUUGCACAUGAAAAGUCAAGUGCGAUGACCAGAAAAAUUAAAUUUGUGUUUUCGGGUUUUAAUUGGAUUACAGCCGGUGAAAAGGUUUUUCGAAAAAUUACGUACGCUUUCUAUGCUUUCCAUUAUUUAAACUGUUCAUAAGACACUUUUUAUUUUUCUGAAAUACAAUUCAGAAUUUAAAAUAAACAACAGGAGACGAAUGUCGUUACGGCUUCUUUGUAAGCCAACAUUUGUUGGCUUUAAAGCUCAAAUAUUCCGAGAAAUUGAAAGAAACUUUGUUCCAAUUUAAUUUUUAUUCAAGAUAAAGCCCAUCGGAGGUUUUGUAAAAAUUGUUUUUUAUCAGACUCCCAUGUUCCAUCAAUAUCUGUUUUAAAUUUUUAACUGUUGGGUGAUAUAUGGUGACAAAAGGAAUUAACGUAAAUGAUUACGGCUCUGACUUUGAGUUUUCAUAAACUACAAAAAGUGUCGUCAGUUUCACUCUUCAUCAGUUUAUAAGUUAAAGUUAACUUGUAAUGGUAAGAAGAAAGGAAGCUCUGACAACAACAGCAGUGUUUUGAUGUAGCUAUAGCUGUGUAGAGAAAUAAACAAAUUCUCUCAGAUUACCAUUAUUUUAACUGUAAUCAGAUUAAGUAUGCAUCACUCUAGGUAGAUUUCUUCGCCAGAUUGCAGGAAAAUGCGUUUCUGGGAGAGUUAAGUUUUGAAAGUUUCCGGGGGAGCAUGCCCCCAGACUCCCCCUAGGGGUUCAGGCCCUCGGCCCUCAAUUAUACAGUGUACCUGCCUACUCACAAGGCAGUGCCCGUCUACUUCAAAAGUAAAUGAAAAUCCUGAAUUAUCACAAUGACCAAUCAAAACACGAAAAAAAUUAAUAAAAAAAAGAAGCCGCUGAGGACUCAAACUGAUGUCACCGCACGCGGGAAAAUGAGUGCAUGAGAAGUCGCGAUUGAGUUUGGUUUGGCAUUGCCUAGAGGCGCAUGUUUUGUAGACCACUCACAGAGGGACAAUGAAUGUUAUAUUUCUCCAAUGCUUCCUUCUAGUGCUUUAACCAAGUUCCACUGAUUACUGACUUAUAAUGUAUUUCUGUUUUUUUAUUAAUUUGUUAGAACGUUCUUGGUGGAGAAGGUAUUGGUUUCAAGAUUGCCAUGGGAGCAUUUGAUAAGACACGCCCUCCGGUAAUAUUGUUUUCCCGGCUUACUAGUCGAAGUAUUUUUUUUCAUUCUAGCGUGGUUUUUGUGUAACAGUUGAUUGAAAUAAAAUAGGGUUUUCCUUAUUUGAUUAGUCGUCUUGGGUUCUUUAAAAAUAGUCUGAGAGUUACAUGCAUUACAUUUGGAUGAAUUAGUAAGCUCUGUAUGUGUUAUUAAGUAUUUAAGCAGGAUCCACAGUUUCAAAGCAAGUCUCUAGUCUCUACCAUAAUAAGCAACAACUUAUCAAGAAAAGGACGAUUAACUUACGCUUGUUUUCCGUUUUCAAGGUCGCUUCUAGCGCUGUUGGUCUUGCACAGCGAGCCAUGGAAGAGGCUCUAAAAUACUCACUGGAACGGAAAACUAUGGGCAGACCCAUCGCUCAGGUAUGUUGAUUCCCAGGGUCCCUCUUUAUCAUGAGUGUGAAGGAGACAGGAGCGAAAAGACGAUGAUAUGCAGAAUUCGAAACACAAAUACCCAAACAUUUGGCCAUGCUUUUUUGUUUUCAUCGGAUAUCCAUGAUGCCUCCUUAAACAAAUGAAAACAUGAAAACUUUUCAAGAGAUAAAGAAAAUAAGCCAAAUUUAUCUCAAACAAUUACUUGUUACCUUUAUGAACGGUUAAUUAGUGCCCAGUUUUUUUAACUGUUCUCUUUUAUUUUGAUCUUUAGCAUCAAGCUGUGAGUUUCAUGUUAGCUGACAUGGCCAUUGGUAUCGAAACAGCCCGACUGGCAACGCGGCGCGCAGCUUGGGAAGUAGACCAGGUUUGUUCACUGUCAGUGCAUUACUAAACCAGAUUUAGUCUGUUAGGAGUAUUUGAUGGACAGCGGUCUGAAUACUCGACGAAAGUCGAGUCCAAACAUCCGCUGUAUUUUUUGGAGGAAAGAGAGAUAAAACCUAACCUUUAUAAAGUUUGCUGCCUAUGUUGUGUUCUGCUUUGGACCUUUUUGUUUUUUUAAAUCGGCUUAUUUGAGUCUACUCAGUAACUAAGAUAUAGACAAACGCAGUUUUCGUAAACAAGAAGUCGCUAACAAAAGUUUGUAGGACGAAGAAAUAUUUUACUUUUUCUGUUCUAAAUUUUGAUAAGAUGCGGUCAUUGACAUUUAAUUUAAAUCCCUAUCUCCUAAAGAUGAUUUAAGCUACCAUACAUUUUAUUGUCUAAUAAGGAAAUUUGAUGUUAUCGACCGAGUUGGAAAUGUAAAUUAGCUACCGUAGAGUUUCUUAAGCUGAAGUUUCGAGCAUUUCGCCCUUCGUCAGAGCGAGUCUCGGACGUGGGGUUAACGCUUAAACCAUCAGCUGUAGAAACUCUCUGCAGUGGCCAAUUUACAUUAUAACAUAGCUAGUAAAUUUGUCUAAUCAAAUUCAAUUGCGCAAGCGUGUUUCAUAUUCCUAUUGUGCACGUUCAUGACGUCAUCAAACAAAUCCCUCGAGAAAAAGAUUUUCCAUCGGGUUGAAAAUGUUAUAAAACAAUUGGUUCAUACGUCAGCUGUGCGUUCAUCGAGAUAUGAAGCACGCGGGAAGUUUGGAGAGUACGAAAGAUGCGUAAGAGUUGCUCGAGGCGUAGCCUCGAGCAACUCUUACGCAUCUAGAUGAACGCACGCUGACAUAUGGACCAAUUGUUAAUUGUUAAUUCGGUUGACAAAAUCAACUUAUCUUGCAACACACUCCACCGACACAGCACCACAGUUAUAUUAGAAGCUUUUCCCUCUUUAUGCAUUGUACAACAGUUAGGUAAUCUGUUGUUCUAUCGAGGUAAUCCAUCUCGUGAAUACGUUUGCUUUUUAUCACCUGUUUGUGUCUUAAGAAAGGUUUGAUUCACAUGGGUGAUUGUGCAUCAAAACUAUGUAUCCUUCAUGUCUGUCAGGGCCGCCGUAACACUUACUACGCCUCCGUCGCUAAGUGUUUAGCAGGAGAUGUUGCCAACAAAUGUGCUGCAGAUGCCGUUCAGGUAAUAUUGAGGACAUUUAUUUCCUAAUGGUACUUUUUAGUGCAGUUUAUGGCACAGGAAACCCACAUAAACUAAGUGACAAUUCCUACUUUUUAAUAUUCCGGAAUGACAAAAUAUUUGAUUUCAAAAUCAAAGUUAAUUUUCGUUGAAAUUGUUCUUUUUGCUGAAUUUCAACGGUUUGAAGGUUUGUGGCAAAAGUCAAAGACCUAACUUCUAAAAUCGCUCUAAGUUGCCCAUUUCCGUUACAACAAAGACAAUUUGAAACAUUUCUAAUAAAAAUAAGUUUAUAUCGAUCUUUACUGCGAGUAAUACAAACUUUUUCGACAUAUCCAUGCUUGUCUUCCGAAUUAAAAAAGUUCAGUCAUACAGUUUUGGGUGAAUACACCGAGGUUGUAGCGCGCAUUUAAGCGCAAGAAUCACAUCGCAACAUCUUAUGACAGAAAACGCCAUCAACGCACACUUGAAUCGAAUUAUCACGUGGUAUCGGACUGAGCCAAAGAAACCCGUUUCGUAAACUUCUCACAUCAACAUCAGAGUAGUUGUUUUAGUUUUUUCCGUAAUGGCCCAGCUUGCUGUCAUCCAUUAAUGAAGCAGUAUAUUUAAUUUUCUUUGUCGCAGAUUUUUGGUGGCGCUGGAUUCAACACCGAGUAUCCUGUUGAAAAGCUGAUGAGAGAUGCUAAAAUCUUUCAAGUGAGUUUUUUCACUUUCGCUUUUUCCCCUUUUACUUUUAGUGCUGAAAUUUUUACAUCAGUUAAUUUAUAACAUCUUCCAUUCCUCGUCCGUUUCGGCUAAAGCUACUGGAAUUGAAAGUGGGUACAAAAAAUAACGAAAUAACUGACUGAACUGCGACCACCUUGUUUCUAAGAUCCCUUUAGAGAUCCCUUUAGGAUAAAGCACUUUUCGAUGACUGUGAAUAUAUGGAAAUCAUAUACAAGUGUAUGUGAACUGCGGAUUAAGAAAUGAAUAUGAAAGCGAUCUUUACAGUAACGAGUUCUCUAAUUAAGCAGUGGUUAAAAAAAAAAAAAAAAAAAAAAAGCACUUUGCAGCCAAGGUUGGCGGAACUGCGCUGAAAGUUUACAAUCUCAAAGAUCGCCAAGCCUGAUUGGGACGAAUUCAAAUUUAGAUGUCAAAGAUGCGGUAAGGUCGCACUUGAGCCUGAUUGGGACGAAUUCAAAUUUAGAUGUCAAAGAUGCCGUGAGGUCGCACUUGAGCCUGAUUGGGACGAAUUCAAAUUUAGAUGUCAAAGAUGCCGUAAGGUCGCACUUGCCCAAACGACCUUCUCUUCUCUUUCAGAUUUAUGAAGGUACAGCGCAGAUUCAAAGAUUGAUCAUUGGAAGAGAACUCAUUGAAAAGGCUAAGAUGAAUGCUCUAUAGAAAGGAUUUUCUUUCUCCGAUAACCGCCACAAUUAUUAGAUAAAGUUAACGAGACGGACUUUGGUUAAUCGUCGUUUAAACUGUUUUUUCCCCCUUCUCUGAGUCGUAAAUUUUAAAUGAAUGAUAUAUUGCUUUCCUGUUUUGAGACUUCUUUUAAAACCACUAGUCCUCAUGAGGAGUGCAUUAGUUUAAAACUACAUGUAAGAAGUGUAUUUACAAUAGUUUGACUUAAACUUUUGUUACAACUGAGAAGCAAACACGGUAACAGAGUUAAACUUUUUGUCUCAAUUAAGAUUUUUCUUUUUAAGCCUAACUUUCCUUGUGGUAUUUCUACUGUUAUUUAGGGCUUCCCGGUGAUUUAUUCAGGGAUAUCUUUUUGAUCGCUGAAAACGAGCUACUUUAAUUCUCAAACACCCUUGUUAAGUACUAUUGAAAGAAACGCGCGAUGUAACCUCUUAUUAAUGAAAUUAAUUUUCCAAGGGAUGACCACUGUAAAUAUUAACUUAAGGCUCUUUGCAAGGAACAAUCUUCAUUCGAGAGGUUGUUUACGUUUCUCAUAGGUGUAGACCAGUUAGGUGCUGUGAGGUUCUCUUUGAGUUCAGUCUGUAAGCUUGGGUCUAAAUAAACUAAAAAACUAUUAGUUAUAAUGUUUCUUGUCUAUUACUCUUGCAUAUUUUGAUAAGUUAAACUUUCACUAUGCAUUCUUUUAAGUAUUCAAACUACGUGCGUGUACGAAAAUCCCAAAUCUCACCAGCAUACUGAAGUGCGUGGAUUGCAAUAUUUGGAUGAAAUCUUCCAGAAGCUUCCUUUGAUUAAAUGCGAUCAGAUCCCUCAAAUAUCGCGCAUGGUGGGUAUACGCCUAAAGUCUCUACCAGAAACGUAUUCAUAGGCUCAUCUUACAUUACACGCAAACACAAAUGGAAUGGCUUCCACCAGCAACUUGCAAUGUUUGACCGCUGGCGAUACCACCCACGUAUGUGGGUGUUUCUCAUUUCUCAAAAGAGAAAGAACAAUGAAGCAGUACACACACGAGGCACUUAUAUUUCUUUAUCGGUUCAGCCACCUUCAGCCCCUCCUUCCCGGAG